UUGCUUGUCAAGAUGCACCUCUCUUGCCUUCUUGCGCUCCUGGGAGCCACAGGGUUCACCUUCGCCCUUCCUGUCUCCAGCAACCUUGACCAGCUUGAGUCGCCCCCUCAGGAUCUGGACAAGAGAUUCUACUAUACCCACUAUGUUGCUCCGGAGAAGCGUGACGAGGAGGCCCUCGACAAGGGAUUUUAUUACACCCACUAUGUUGCCCCAGAGAAGCGUGAUGAGGAGGCACUCGACAAGCGCUUCUACUACACUGCCUACACGGCCCCCGAGAAGCGCGAGGCGGAGGACGAG